AGUCGGUUAAAAACUAAACUUGAACAUUUACUUAAUCAAUCGCCACGCGUCACUAGCUGAUGUAAUAAAAAUCGAUAUUGACUUUCUGUCGAAAUAUUCACUAUCGUGACCUCGAUUAGUUUCUGGUUCUUUAAUUAUUAUCGUUUAUAGGUAAUUUAAUUUGUAAAUAAAAGAAUCUUGUGAGUGAGACAUUCUAAACAAGUGAUGUUUUCAAAUACUAUGUCUUUUUAUGAUUGUGUGUAGAGAAAUAGUCAUUUUCUCAAAUUAAUUAUUAUGUUUGUUAUUUGAUUUUAAUGGAUGUGGACAGAAAUUGAUUGACACUAAGAGUGCCCAAAUUCAUGAGUUUACAGAAACAAUGUCGCUGAAAACCAAAGAUGGCGUCGCUCGUGACGUCACAGACAUGGCGAUGGGCGGCGUGUCGGCCAUGUUUGCGACAGUCUUCACAAAUCCCAUUGAAGUGGUCAAAACUCGACUGCAACUGCAGGGGGAGUUAGCGGCGAAAGGGAAACACGCGGUGUUCUAUAAGAAUGUCCCUCAUGGAUUAUACGUCAUCGCCAGGAAUGAAGGGAUUGUCGCCUUACAGAACGGGUUGCCCGCUAUGCUGGGCUUUCAGUUCUUUCUAAAUACCUUCAGAUUAGGCGUGUAUCGUAUGUGCGAGCGUCGCGGCCUGACUGUCGUGGACGGUCGCACGUCGGUCACUCGCGGUGCGUUGGCGGCCGGCGUUGGCGGCGCGUUGGGCUCGAUCGCCGGCACGCCGUUCUUCCUCGUGAAGACGCGGCUGCAGGCGCAGGCCACCGCCGCCAUCGCGGUGGGCCACCAACACAAGCACGGCGGGACUGUGAGCGCGCUGGCUGGGAUAUACCGUAGCGAAGGAGUCAAAGGCCUGUUUCGAGGCGUGGGUCCGCAGAUCCCGCGCGGUUCCGUAGGCAGCGGCUCGCAGAUGGUCAGCUUCGCUUUCGCCAAAGAGUGGCUGCGCGAGCGCGGCGUGCAGUCGCCGCUGCUGCUGUCCUUCCUCGGCGCCAACCUAGGCGGUCUGGUCAUGACGAUCUGCUUGAACCCCUUCGACGUCAUCGCUACUAGACUGUCCAAUCAGCCGGUUGACAACAACAAUCGUGGCAAACUGUACCGCGGCAUGAUAGACUGUUUUGUCAAAAUGUCGCGUACAGAAGGCGCGAGCGCAUUCUACAAGGGCCUCACAGCGAACUACCUCAGGCUUGGACCUCACACUGUUCUGCUGCUGGUGUGCUGGGACCAGCUAAAGAUAUUGGAGGACUACUUGAGAAGUUGACAGUUGAACCACUCAACUAGAGGAGUACUUGAGAAUUGAACUGGUUAAAAAGUGGACCAUCUUGUUGUUGUUUUUUAAGUUUAAGUUUAUAAAUAAAAUCAUUUUGUUAUU